GCAUAUGGCUCGGAGAUUUCCCUUAUAAGGUCCAUCUAUUUCUCUGAAUUGCUAGCCAUUCAUUUGGCUUCUAACCUUAUCCCACUUCAUCCCAAUACAAAUCUACACUUUGCCUCCUCUCCUUCUGUUUCCAACUUCUCCAAUCCAACAACAAAAGUCGCAGUACAAAAUGGCAACAACAACAGCUGUCUUUACCCCGGCAAGAAUCAGCGGUGCAGUUAUCAGCAUCGGCAGUAAGGCCACCCAGAAGAGUGUGAACAAGGUGGUGUACAUAAGGGGACUCAAUUCCUACGGUGGUCUCAAGGCCAACAACGGAGUCGUUUCUCUCGGCAUGCCGGUAUGUACUGAGCAAUGCUUUGCAAAUUUUGUUAGCUCGAUCAAGGCAUCGGCAGCAUCAAAUGGGAAUGGAAAAAGCGGAGGUGCACUCUCGGCGAAAUGCAACAAGAUUGCAGAGAUUUUCACAAUUGCUGCUUCUAUGAAUGGUAUUGUUUUGGUUGGAGUUGCUUUGGGAUUUGUUCUUCUCCGAAUGGAAUCCUUUUUUGAGGAAACUGAGUCUGAUUAAACCCUUUAGCUGAAUUCAGGUGUUUCAUGGCCACAUUAUUGUUGUUUCUAUCAAUAUUUUUAAUUUCAUGUAAACUAAAUUGUUUUUGGACGUAUAAACAAUGCAUUCACAAGUAAUAAAUUUCAUUCUUCGCUAA